ACUUCGGUUCGGAUUUCGGUUCGGAUUUUUCGGAUCGGAUUCGGGUGCCACUUCGGAUAUCGGGUAAAGUGCCCACCCCUAGACCCUACAGUGCACAUUCACGUUUUAGGCGCUAAAUUAAGAAAGAAAAAAUUGAAGGUACCUAAGUAGCGAUUGAAGAAGAGUAUGAAGUAGGCAUGUCCAAUCCGGAUUUCGGUACGGUUUCGGUUCGGUUUUCUCGGUUUUUCGGUUUUUCGGUUUAUAAAAAUUAGAUACUAUAUUAGAACCAUAUCUAAUUUGGUUUGGUUCGGUUUUUAUACUACCGAUUUUCAGUUUAUUCGAUUUUAUACCAAAAAAAAACAUUAUUAUUUAGUUUGGUUACAUAUUAUAUGAAUUUUAAAGAGUCAUGUUGUCAAAGCUAUCAUUUAUCAAAAAGUCUCAUCUUAUAAAUAAUCAAUAUCAAAGAGUAACAAAAUAAGCAAAUAAAAUAAUCAAAUCAAAAACCAAAACUAUAGCUCAAAGUUGUGAAAAAUAAAUAAUAAAAACAAAACAUAUGCAUGAAAAAACGUUUUCCCACUCUCCCAAAAUUAGUGACAUUGUCCAUCAGUCAUGCCUCCUCUGACUGAACGCGAAAUUCUGUUAGUUUACAAACAAAAAAAAAAUUGUGAAUAACUCCAGUGCUCGUAAAUAUAAUAAAUCAAUGCUUACAAAUUAAAAUAUGAAUUACCUUCUACUAGAGAGUCCAUGAAUUCAUAUUCAUGCAACAUCUGUUCGAUGCUCUUUUGCUUAUCAGACAAAACAGCAGUUUGAAUCCAAUUUUGUGUCAAGAUCAAGGCUUCAACCAUAAGAGGAGAAAGAGAACUCCUAUAAGGGUCUAAGAUUCGACCAGCAGUGCUGAAAGCAGAUUCAGAUGAAACAGAGGAGACGGGAAUCGCAAGAACAUCCUUAGCUAUUUCAGACAAGAUAGGAAACUUCACAUUGAUAUCUCUCCACCAUGAUAGAAUGUCAUACCUUGUACCCAAGUUAUUAUCUGAUUCUACUUCAACCUUUUCCAGCAAGUAUAUGCUUAACUCAUUAGCUGAUUCAACACACUGGUUCGCAGAUUGCAUUUGCUGAUAAAGCGUGGAAAAUAAUGUGGAGCAACGACGAGUGCUACUAGACAAAGAUCCACCAAUUGUUGUAUCAGUAACCGAAGAAGCUGUCUGUCCAGUUUGGCUUUCAUUCAAUGCAUCCAUGUUCCUGCUCUGAGAUAUCUUAUACUCAUCAAAUAACUUACGUAAAAGACGCAUGACUUAUUCCUUCAUUUCAAUUGCCCACAGUGAACCAAAACCAAACCAUAUUGACAGCUUCCUUCAUAUUUCAAGAUAUUUUCUUACCAAAAAGUAAUGAUGAUUUUUCAAAGUUAAUAUAUUGUCCAGAAGCUUUUCCAUAAGUCUUACGAACUUUUAUGAAAAGGCUAACGAACGCUUCUGUGCAUAAGAUCAAGAUGAAAGAAAACAAAGGAUCUUCUUGAAGCAAUCCCCUCUUUGAAUAUUUGAUGAAAAAAACAAAUAAUUUUAUUGUUGAGAGAUUUGUGUAAUUGUUGAUGCCAAUAGGUAUUUUGAGGGUUUCCAACGCCUAAUUGACAAUAUACAAAAUACAUAAUUAAUACUUUUGAUGUUAAUAUGCCGUACUUGUCUCGAUACGUACUGGCUGACACUUCUUACUGCAUCAUGGCUUUAUGGCAUCUCCAAUCCCACUCCAUAUUUUACUCCAAAAUUGAGAAAAUGGAGUGGGAAAUGGAGUAAUGAACAAAAAAUAAAAGGAUUACUCAAUUUAUAGAGUAAUGCUUUUAUUUUUUGUUCAUCAUUCCAUUUCCCACUCUAUUUUCUCAAUUUUGGAGUAAAAUAUAGAGUGGGGUUGGAGAUGCUCUUAGUGACCAAAAGGUUUUAGUUUCAAAGAUGUUGUUUUUCUUUAUUUUCUGGGAUUAUGUAAUACUCUAAAUUUCAAGUUCUUUUCUGAAAUUUUGGAUAGAAAUUAUGAAUUCUCUUUCAGCACUUGUUCGUAUUUGAUCAACUGGGUUCCUCUUUGAUCAUCUAGGAUCUUUAGAGCUUUUAUUCCUUUCUUUGUUGAGUAACUAUGAAAAGUUAAUAAAAUGUGAUGAAGUCUCCAUCCUUGACUCGGUAUUCUUUGAAGAAAGUUGUCCUUUCUUUGUUGAGCAAUUUUGAAGUUUAUAAAAUGUGAUGAAGUCUCCAACCUUGACUCGGUAUUCUUUGAAGAAAGUUUAACAAAAAAUAACAGUCCCAACUAGUUCGAUUUGACUAUAUGUUAAGCUGAAACCAAUCAAUCACCUUUGAUGCGCCAGUUUCUAGUUUCUGAUUUUGAUUCUAAAUUAGAUGUUUAUUGGGUAAAAAUGUUAAGUUUUGUUCGAGUUUUGUUUUUGACAAAAAUAACAAAGAUAUUUAGCAGCCGAUAAAGACCAAGUUUGGCUCACGCGAGUGAGAGAAAGUAAAUAUACACUUGCGUUAUGUACCAGCCUUUAUGAUGCACCGUUAGUGGUAUACAAGUACCGUAUUCCACACCGUGGUGCUAGUGUCUUAAAUUAGAAAGGAGUAAUUACGAAGAAAACAACAACAAUUAUUGAUAGGUGCAGAGGGUAGGACGAUGCACUAUUGGCUCUCAGGUCUAAUCCAGGAGGUCCCAACAUGUGGUCAAUGUUUAAUGACUUUAUCACCCUGAGAUUAUUGGUGUACCCUAAUCGUACUAAUUAAACAAAUGUCAGUAAUAAUUGAACGAAUAGUGUCAAUAUAGCUAAAACUAUUGAUAAACUUAUCUAGUGUUCACUUUAUCACAUUUGUAGACAACUAACUCACAUGGGCUCACCUUACAGUCUAGUCUCUGUUCUCUACUUGACAAUAUUCAUGCUAAAUCCCACCUACUAAUUCCUCCUAAAGAAGCGACAAAAAAUAUUCCUCAUUAGGAGAAUAAUCUUUAAAAUUGGUUAAAGUUAUCCAUAUUAAUUGCUUUACUCCAGCUAAAAAAUGUUUUGCUCCAACUAAAUUUAAUUACUCAACGACCUUCUUCUGGUUCUAUGUGUGGACUGCAUGAUUCAGAUAAUUGACUGGCUUUUCAAGCCUUUUCAAUUUUACCAUUAACUGAGAAAAUUCUUGAGGUGUACAUAAAUAAGUACAAAAUCAAAUAUUUAAUAUAAACAGAAAAUGGGAUUACAUACUAAAGGAUGUGAAUUUUAUUAGUAGUAAUUUUUUCGUGGAGAAGUCUAUCAAAACCAUUACCGCGCCUAAACGUUAAACUCCCAAAAUCUUCAGACAAGAAGGGUUUGACUAGUCCAAGCAAACUCACUCAUGGGACCUUUUUCUCGAUGUUAUACUAUAUACUCCAAAAAAAUAGAGAAUCUCAGUUUCAAAGUUGUAUUUUGGCUAAAACCAUUGUUUUGCAGUCUUCGAGGUCUUGUCGUCCUUUAUUUGCACGCCUUGAUUUUAAUAUCGUCGCAUUCGCAUCAUUUGGGAACUUUGGAUUCUUGGUUCAUCGAGGCAUUAAAGUCUGUGGCUAUCUUCUUCUUGAAAAUAGUUACAAUGUCAUCUCGGACGGUUAAAAGCUUCAUUUACUAUAUACAAUUAAUGGUUUUUAUUUAAUAAUCUCAUGUAACAUACUAACAUGUAUGUAAGUGUAAGCGUACUUGCCUUUAAAUAUAACAAUAUACAAGUAAAAGCUGCAACAUUUCUGAUGCCCACUCGUUUGUUAUAAAAUUAACUAUAUCACACUGUAUUCUUAAUUUAGUAAAUUUUGUUUUAUCAUAUUAUCAUUAUUGAUUCAUCAACAGCUGUUAAUAUUUUCUACUUUCUGUUCAGGUUCCGAAAAAAACUAUUUUACAUGUAAUAGAAAAAUCAUGCACAUGAUAGAGAGAGAAAGAGAUUUGCUAUAAAAAAAAUCACUUUGUUCUAAUUUCGUAACUAAAUUCAAUUUGUGACGACAAGAUAAAUAAAAAAGGCAUUUAUGGUCUCUGUCGUGUAUAUAUAUUUACAUUUAUGUAGUCUUCCUCAGUCCCGUGGUGGAGUAGUUAGUUACAUGAGCAACAUCAACUUCACUUAAAGUAGGUAAGUCCGAUCUUUCCUUCCUCUCUUGUUCGUUAACUUAAGAUGGCUAAGAAGAACGGAACGUCGUGGCUCACGGUCGUGAAGAAGAUUCUCUGGUCACCCUCAAAAGAUUCCGACAAGAAGAGUUACAAGAAAGAAGCUGAUUAUAACAAGAAAAAGGAGAAGAAAGGAUGGAUUUUUCGUAAGACCAAAGUCGAAAACACUGACUCUGUAACCGACACGAUACCUAAGGCGGAGAAAGAGGAGAAGGAUAAACCAGCGGUCGCCGAGAUCGUUAAGCUAACGGCAACUCCAGGUUUUCUAAGACGUCAUUGGGCUGCCAUUAUUAUUCAAACAGCUUUCAGAGGCUACCUCGCAAAGAGAGCAUUUGGAGCAUUGAAAGGGAUAGUGAAGCUACAAGCAUUGGUGAGAGGUCAUAAUGUUAGAAACCAAGCGAAACACACUUUAAGAUGCAUAAAGGCUUUGGUUCGAGUUCAAGAUCAAGUGCUUAGUCAUCAUCAUCAACAACAACAACAACGUUCAAGAGUCUUAUCAUCAUCACCAUCAUCAAACUGUUAUGAUAUCGAAGCAAGACGUAAUUCAAUGUUUGCUGAAUCUAACGGGUUUUGGGACAGUAAAACAUAUCUUCAAGACAUCCGUAGCCGUAGAUCUCUGUCAAGGGACAUGAGUCGAUGCACCAAUGAAUUUGUGGUUAACCAAGAAGAAUCACAAUCGAGUUUGCAGAAGAGAUUAGAGAUUGCUAUUGAACGAGAGAAAGCACAUGCACUUGCUCUCUCUAAUCAGAUUCGGAGUCGCUCUUACCGGAAUCAAUCAGCCGGCGACGACAGGGAGCUUCUAGAGAGAACCAAGUGGCUCGAUCGAUGGAUGGCUACAAAGCAAUGGGACAACACAAUCACCAUUCCCACAACAAGAGAUCAAGUAAAGACUCUUGAAAUGGAUACAAACAUAUCCACCACCACAACACAUCAUCAUAGAUCGUAUCCAGCGACUCCACCGUCGUGCAGAGCCACUAGAACCUUUGGGGUAAGAUCAGCUAGUCCUAGGAUACCCUGUUCUUCGCCUUCUUCGAUGGUUCAGCCGAACUACAUGAGUGCAACUGAGUCAGCUAAGGCUAAGGCACGGACUCAGAGCACGCCACGGCGGAGACCGGUUAUUCCGGCGAAGAAACGGCUGUGUUAUGCGGAGGAGGGGAGUUUGAGUUUGAGGAGUCCGAGUUUGAAGAGUGCUUAUAACGGUUGUCUUUGGGGGGAACAUGAAUCGGAUUACUCUUGUUGUUACGGUGAUGGGCUCGCCGGAAAAGUGUCGCCUUGUUCUACAAGUGAUCUCCGGUGGUUAAAGUGAGAGACAUUUUUGUUUAGUUUAUUGUCUGUUUGUAAUAUUAACGAUCAUGAGAUUUGCUUUGUUUAUGAUUCCUUCUGCCACAAUCUGAAUUAGAGGACUUUUUUUUUUUGAAACACUUUGAUUCGAAACCUUUUAAGCCUUUAUCUCUAGCAAAGACCACUAUUAGUAAAAUAUGUUUCAAGUGCAGCGUUUCCUAUUUGGAUUAGUAUUUUGAUGAGCUAUUGGAAGCGAGAAGGACAAACUUAGAGGUGACAUGAAUUUAAUUCAUCUGCUUCUCUCAAAGCUUCUGCUACUGAUUAUGCCAAAUGGGCGGGGUUGUCCAUGGGCUGCCAGUGUCCAAAAAAAACAUAAUGAGCCGGUUGUGGAUAAACCAAAUAAGAAACGGAUUAAACUAGACUAAUAAGCCUAGUUUAUGCAGAACAAAAACGGGUUGGAUCCCAUGGUUAAUGGUCGGCAUCAUCAUGUAGAUCUCUUACCUUUGGAACUUGGAUCGCAAGCAGAAAAUUAACAUCACUAUCUUAUCUUUUCACAAACUCUACACGCCAAUUGUCGACUGUAUCUUCAUUGCCAUCAUCGAAUAUAUAUAUAUAUAUUUCUCUUUGAUCUUCAGCUUC